AUGUAUGGGGAAGCAGGCAGCUUGUUAAAGUAUUUUCACUUGCAAACUGUAGAGAACCCUUCAUUCCAAUAUUCCAUUCAAUUGGAUUGUGAAGAACAAAUAACUAACAUAUUCUGGGCUGAUGCUAAGAUGCUUAUUGAUUAUGCUUUAUUUGGUGAUGUUGUUGCAUUUGACACUACAUUUGGUACUAAUAAAGAACAUAGACCACUUGGCGUAUUUGUUGGGUUUAACCAUUUUAGGGAGACAAUGGUUUUUGGCGCGGCUCUUUUAUAUGAUGAAACAAUAGAAUCUUUUAAAUGGUUGUUUGAAACGUUUCUAGCAACACACUGUAAUAAGGAGCCAAAAACUAUUUUCACUGACCAAGAUAUUGCUAUGGGUAAGGCUAUUGUAGAGGUGAUGCCAAAUGUGUGGCAUGGACUAUGUACUUGGCACAUAACAGAAAAUGCAACCAAGCACUUGCUAUGUGAUGGGUUAGAAGUUCUUCGAGAAUUCAAAGCUUGUAUGUAUGAGUAUAAAGAAGAGGCAAAGUUUGAAGAGGCAUUCAGUGCAUUGCGUGGAAAAGUCACAAAAGGUACAUGGUUAGAUAGUAUUUAUGCAGUAAAAGAAAAAUGGGCAGAGUGUUAUAUGACAAAUGUGUUUUCUUUGGGGAUGCGUAGCACUCAGUUAAGUGAAAGUUUCAAUAAAGAUUUAAAAGAUUAUCUAAAAUGCACUAUGGAUAUAAUGCGAUUUUUUAAACAAUUUGAGAGAGUCUUGGGGCUAAAGCGCCAAAAUGAGACAAACAAUGAGUUUGAUUCUAAGGAGAAAUUGCCAAGAAUUAAGAUGAGAAGAACACCUUUACUUAGGCAGGUUGGGCAAAUAUAUACUUCUAAUAUAUUCGAAGCAUUUCAAGACGAGUAUGAGUGGUCAACAGCAGCUAUUAUUAAGCCGCCUGUUGAAGGUCAACUUACAAAUGAGUACAGAGUCGUAAUUUCAAACCCUGAGAAUGAUAACUCUAUUGAUAAAGAGUACCAAGUGUUUGGUGAUCCUUUGAUCGAAACAGUUUCAUGUAGUUGCAAGAUGUUUGAAAGAUUGAGGUUAUUAUGUGCUCAUGCUUUGAAGGUUCUUGAUACCAUGAACAUUAAAUUGAUUCCUAUGAAAUAUAUUUUGAAGCGUUGGACUAGAGAAGCAAAAGCUGAAACUGUGCAAGAUACCUCAGGGAGAACUAUUCUUGAGGACCCUCGGUUGGAUGCUACUCGUAGAUACAAAGCUUUAUGUCAAAAAUUUGUGAAAGUAGCUUCUAGUGCAUCUAAUUUUGUAGAAUCGUCGUCACUGCUAGAGAAAGGGUUGAAUAAUUUGAGUGUUGAGGUUGACAAGUUGUUGUUGAACCUUAUAAGAGAAAGGGAUGAAGGUCCCUUAUCGUCUGAGGGGACUGCAAGUGAACAGCAAGGAGCAACACAACCAUAUGUUCCUAACAAUGUUACUUUGAAGCCAAAAGAGGGGAAGAAAGGGGGAAAGCGAAGGAAAAGUUGGACAGAAAAUUUUCAUGAUAAAUAUAGUCAAGGAUCAGCAGAUCAGAGAAAAAGUAGAAAGAAGAAGAUGCCAAAUCACUCGAACACAGAAAAUAUACAGCCACAGCAAGGAGAAGAUCAAAGGGUUGUACCACAACAUAUUUUAGCACUUGGGAAUAACUAUCAAAAUCUGCAAGUCCCUAACAAUAAUUUUACACAACUACUCUUGGGCGAGUAUAAUAGAAGUCAAGAUCGGUCUUAUUUUGAUUCGUGGACAGGAAUUUCAUUUCCAAGUCAGGAUGUGAAUGUGCAACAUUUUACUCAAGAGCUUCACUCCAGGACAAAUUUAAGUGAUAUGUCAAAUGUAAAUUGGCAAGGUAUGUGA